AGGAAGGAUGGAAAUUUUUCUUUGCCUUAAUGCAUAAUUUAAACCAUCAGCCCAUCUGUAGCGUUAAACCCAGUAGGUUCUUGGCUCGCCUUUCAGAUCCUUAACCAAACGAGGGAGCGAACUUUCAAGAGAAGAGUGCACAAAAGAUUCCCGGCCCGAUUACCGCCAGUGUUAUGACCGCUGAUAAAGACCUCGGUUGCUGGGGCUCUCAGCAUGCAGGAGCAGCUUGGCUCCAGUGAUCUUGAAAUGAAUCGGCAACAAGAAAAGAAUGCGUGUGUAGGGUCUUGGGAUCCAGCUCAGGGGCAGUGUCUGACCUACUCUACACCUUUCUCUGGACUCGUUUUGGCCAAGCUGUUCUCAAGCUAUUAUUUCUAAGGAGUGGCUACAAAGUAUUAAGUUGUGUGAUACUGUUACAGAAGCAUUUCCCCAAAUCCUCUUUGGCUAGGGUCAGCGUGAGUUGGAUCGAGUGAAGGCUUCAGGUUGGAGUUUUUUGGUUCGGGAAAUGUCGCUGAGGUGCUGCUGAAAGGGCCAGAGAAGCGAGGAUUUGGGACACAUUUUGAACCUUUAAGCUGUCGGGCAUUGACCUCCUUUCCUAAUUAAUAAAGAAGAAGUGGGAGCUUAGGUGAUAUUAACACCACUCAGUAACAUCCUAACUGGACGGUGUUCCCAUAACUCUACCUUGUAAAGACCUGGACGGGAACAGAGUAAGGUCAUCCGUAUCUCACUCAGCUAAUACUAUGACUCAAUGGAGGAACACUUGAUAAGCAUGAGGGAGGACCAUUCUUUUCAUGUCCGUUACAGAAUGGAAGCUUCUUGCCUGGAACUGGCCUUGGAAGGCGAGCGGCUGUGCAAGUCGGGAGACUGCCGGGCGGGCGUGUCAUUCUUUGAAGCUGCUGUGCAAGUUGGAACGGAAGACCUAAAAACGCUCAGUGCGAUUUACAGCCAGCUGGGCAACGCGUAUUUCUACUUGCAUGAUUAUGCCAAAGCAUUGGAAUACCAUCAUCACGAUUUGACUCUUGCAAGGACCAUCGGAGACCAGUUGGGGGAAGCUAAAGCUAGUGGUAAUUUGGGAAACACCUUAAAAGUCCUUGGGAAUUUUGAGGAAGCUAUUGUUUGUUGUCAACGACACCUAGAUAUUUCCAGAGAGCUCAAUGACAAGGUGGGAGAAGCAAGAGCACUGUACAAUCUUGGAAAUGUGUACCACGCCAAAGGGAAGAGUUUUGGCUACCCUGGUCCUCAGGACACAGGCGAGUUUCCAGAAGAAGUGCGGGAGGCGCUGCAGGCCGCCGUGGAUUAUUACGAGGAAAACCUCUCGUUGGUGACUGUUCUGGGUGACCGAGCAGCCCAGGGACGUGCCUUUGGAAAUCUUGGAAACACACAUUACCUCCUUGGCAACUUCAGGGAUGCAGUUAUAGCUCACGAGCAGCGUCUCCUUAUUGCAAAGGAGUUUGGAGACAAAGCGGCUGAAAGAAGAGCAUAUAGCAACCUUGGAAAUGCAUACAUAUUUCUUGGUGAAUUUGAAACCGCCUCCGAGUACUACAAAAAGACACUACUUUUGGCUCGACAGCUUAAAGACAGAGCUGUAGAAGCACAGUCUUGUUACAGUCUUGGAAACACGUACACCUUACUUCAAGACUAUGAAAAGGCCAUCGAUUAUCACCUGAAACACCUAGCAAUCGCUCAAGAGCUGGAUGAUAGAAUUGGCGAAGGGAGAGCCUGCUGGAGCUUAGGAAAUGCGUACACAGCACUAGGAAAUCAUGAUCAAGCGAUGCAUUUUGCUGAAAAGCACUUGGAAAUUUCAAGAGAGGUUGGGGAUAGAAGUGGUGAACUAACAGCACGCCUGAAUCUCUCAGAUCUCCAAAUGGUUCUUGGUCUGAGCUACAGCACAAAUAACUCCAUAAUGUCUGAAAGUAUUGAAAUUGAUAACACUUUGCAUGGUGCACGCCCCAAGUUGGGACGCCGACACAGUAUGGAAAAUAUGGAACUUAUGAAGCUAACACCAGAAAAGGUGCAGAGCUGGAACAGUGAACUUCUCGCUAAACAAAAGCCUCUUAUCGCCAAACCUUCUGCAAAGCUCCUCUUUGUUAAUAGACUGAAGGGGAAAAAACACAAGACUAACUCUUCCACCAAAGUUCUUCAGGAUGCCAGCAAUUCCAUGGAACACCGACUUCCAAAUACCCAGAGGGAAAGCAGUGCAGAUCCUAUUGGGGAUGAAGGGUUCUUUGACUUACUGAGCCGAUUUCAAAGCAAUAGGAUGGAUGACCAACGGUGUUGCUUACAAGAAAAGAACUGCCGAACCACCUCAACCACCUCUGCCUCCACCCCCCACAGGAUGGUACUGAAAACACCAGCUGUCUCUGUGGUAUCCCCCAAUACAGAUGAAUUUUUGGAUCUUCUUGCCAGUUCUCAGAGCCGCCGCCUGGAUGACCAGAGGGCCAGCUUCAGUAACUUGCCAGGACUUCAUCUGACACAAAACAACAAGCCAUCUGUCCUGGGCCACCUGAUGACGGAUGACAGUAAGGAGCCUGAUGAAGACUUCUUCGACAUCCUUGUAAAAUGUCAAGGCUCCAGGUUGGAUGAUCAGAGAUGUGCUCCGCCGCCUGCUGUCACGAAGGGGUCAACAGUACCAGACGAAGACUUCUUUAGCCUUAUUUUACGGUCUCAGGCAAAAAGAAUGGAUGAACAGAGAGUACUUUUACAAAGAACAGAUCAAAACAGAGGCGCUGAAUUUGGGCUAAAGGACCUUUUGCAAAGCAAUACUUCGUUGCAAUCUAAAACUUCAGAACAAAAAUCAUCAAGCCACUAAUAACUAUGGGUUUUUAUUCUUCUUUUAAGGCAACCUUAAUAAUACUUCCUUUCAAGACACUGCUGGGAAUUGAAUCUUACUUUUUUUCCCUUGAAAGGGAAAUGUAUAGCACUGUUAACAGCUUGAGACGUUUUUAGAAUGCUGUAAAUAUUUUAACCUUUGAUGGUGGUGAUGGGGUCAACAUUUCUGACGCGCUUCUUCCGAGGCGAGGAGCCAUGUCAGGUGCUGCCUCACCUUUCUGAUUACUGCUGGGGGUUGUGUCCCUGGGUAAACGAUUCUUUUCCCUGGGCUCUAUGAACUAGAAAACGAAUUGAACCCUCAACUAGAAUUAACCCUCUCACUGUGGUCUUUCUUCAUCUUAACUUUUUUUUUCACUUAACCAUGGAUGUAGUAGAAAAUUGUACUGUGUAAUAAAAAUGAUGUACUUGACCAAUGUAAGAAAACACCUAGAUUCUUUUUCUAAGAAAACCUGUGUAUUCAAUAUAUUUUAGAUCAGAACCAGUAUGAGAACAAUUCUUAAUAAAUUUCUUUUAGAAUGUCUUGA